AUGGCGUCUGCAUUGAGUGAGGUUGGCCCUGAAGUUCAAUCGCGCCGUAUUAAAGUUAGUAAUGAAAACUUAUUAAACGAACUCAAGUUUGAGUACCCUAAGGGGUUAGCUAUUUUUGAUGCUGAUGACAAUAGUUACUGGUUUGUCUACGACGUAGACAGCUUGUCUGACUACGUCAAGUCUGACGAGCGGGCACAUGAUAAUAAAGAACGGAUUAUUGAAUGGCUGAGGCAUUAUAGAUGGGAACCGCUGGUACCUGAUCUUGAUUCUGGUUCAGAACUGGAUCUGGAUUGGGAGCUGAAUUCGGAUAACACAUUCUGA